AAAUGUUUAUAUUCAUAGCUUUAAUCAUUAUAAUACUGUUAAACAAGCGAAGGAUUAACUAUAUUCAUUUUAUUAUUGGAUUCUUAUUAACAACUUAUUACAGUCUACAGAUACCUGUAAAAAGAAAUGAAAUGCUACGGUUAACGUCAGCUUUUGUGGAUAAUCUAAAACCAUGGAUCACCAUUCAUCAUGGACUAAAUCAGCAAUAAUCUACAAUGAAAUCGGAACUCGAUGCCGCACAAGCCUUAUUGGAUCUUCAGGGAAAUCGGCAAGUUAUACAUCGCAAUGGAUAUGAUCAUUGGUCCCGUGGUAUUGACGAAAUGGAAGGACCUACAACGAUCUCAAAACUUUUUAACAGCCUUAUCACAUCAAAGUCGUUUAAUUGCCAAAUUGCAAGUACCAGUACGCCAAAGCGCCAAAAUAUGCAGUAUCAAACAGAAGUUCAACAAAGAGUUAAAAAGGUGAAGACUUGUGAGAAAGGCACUCAAACUGACAUAGAAUGUAGACUCCCUGAGAUACAAAAAAUGGAGAUUAUUAUAAAAGAGCUUUGUGGUAAAAUUGAAGUAUUAGAAACACAGUUGAAAUGUAAAGGUUCAGAAACUUUAUCGGCGGGAGAUUCAAAUGAGAAUUAUUCGGACACUUCCAGUGAUGAGCGUUUGAAAAAAUCGUAUACGCGAAAAACAUACAAACGUAAAAGGACCAGUACUAAUACUACAUUUAAUAACGAUUCAUCAGAUUGUGAGAUUACGCCGAAGAAACACAAAGAAUCCGAACGUUAUGAUCCCGAGUUUAAAAUAUCUAAGGCUGAUUCAAGCGUAAAAAAACCUCUAAAGCCGAAGAAUUCGAAAUUUAAGUCUGGCGGUGAUUUGGUCUCUAUUGGCGAUGGCAAUGCAUCAGUUCCUGCUCGCCUCUUGAAAAAUAUGGAUUGGACUUCGUACACUAAUGCUACAAGAAAGUUGUUGACGGCAGUUUUCCCACGCAAUGUACUGGCAACACAUUCUCUAACGGGGAAGCGAUCACCAGCGUUUCCGGAUAAGCCCGCCAAAAAGAAAUUAGACCCUGCUCUAGUCAACGAUAUUGUCCAAACUGUAGUCGAAAGAUGUAGUGUACCAGAAAAUGUAGUAAGAACAAGCAUUACAACGAAAUGUGCCGAUGAAAGUAAAAUGUUCCGCAGCAGACAAAUGAACAAGAAAAAACGAAAAUCAUUAAAAAAGGAGAAUAUAUCGCCCUCGGAUGAUUCGGAUGAUUCAUACUAUUCAAAUUGAAAAACAAAAUCAACAAUAUGUUUGUUUAUAGAUCGUCAAAUGAAGGAGACUAUUUAAGUCAAGGUAUGGUAUACGUACAUAAAUUGUAUGCCCAAGGUGCUUCCCAAAUGGACUACGCUCGUAUUUUUAUGCAAUGCAUGUCAGUGAUUACCUAUUAAAUUUUAAUUAAGUGACUGAAGUUUAUGAAUUAUGAGAUAAUGUUUUAAUACUUAAUUCUAUCAUUGUGAUAUAUUUAAUAAAUACUUAAUUUAAUUGA